UUGGCCAAUUGACUGUGAUUGUUAUGAUGAAUAAAGAAUGGCGGACGUUGACAUAUUGCGAUACUUGUUCACAUUUUUACUUCUAAACGCUUGCCAUGCAGGACUUCCAGGUAUUGACAAUCUGGAGCAAGGGGUGCCCAGUACUCAAGCAGACAAUCAUGUCAGAGAUGACCUACUCGCAAUUGAUAAAAAGAUGAUGGUACAGCACCCCAGAAGAAGGAAGUUUCAGAAAAGGUACAAAUGCCAUCAAUGCGAGUCGCCGGACUGCGGCGACGCGACUGUCGCGCAACAAGUGUGCGGCUCUGCGCUGUACUGCUUCAAGUCGACUGUGCGCGCGUCCGACGGCGCUCUGCGACACUCGCGGGGUUGCUCCACGCACCGCGACCACUACCAGUUCACAUGUCGCACUAACCAGUCCUCGCAGCGUCCGCGCAAGCGCCACGCAGGGCAGCUGAAUAUAACCUGCUGCCAAGGCGACAUGUGCAAUGACGGUGGCUUCCCGUCGCUGUCGCCGUCGGACAUGGCUGUCGAGCCGCUGACGGGCGGCGCCUGGAAGCUGUGGCUAAGCGUGGCCUUGUCGGUGCUCGCCGUCAGCGUCAUUGGCGCCAUGGCUAUACUGGUGCUGCGCAGGAGUCACCGGUUGCGAGUGUCGCGCGCCGCACAGAAACUGGGCGCGGAUUCCAGUUACUUCCCCUCAAUGUACAGCCCCCAGGUCACCAGUGCUUACUAUGAAGGUCUGGAAGGGUCACAAAACGGUGGCGGUCUCCACGCGGUGGCUGCUGGGGACUCCACGCUGCGGGAGUACUUGGAGUGCUCGGUCACCAGCGGCUCCGGCUCCGGUCUGCCUCUGAUGGUGCAGAGGACCCUCGCCAAGCAGGUCACCCUCAUCGAGAGGAUCGGCAAGGGCCGCUACGGCGAGGUGUGGCGCGGCUCGUGGUACGCGGACAGCGUGGCCGUGAAGAUCUUCUUCUCCCGCGACGAGGCGAGCUGGCGCCGCGAGACGGAGAUCUACAGCACCGUGCUGCUGCGCCACGACAACAUCCUCGCCUACAUCGGCAGCGACAUGACCAGCCGGAACAGCUGCACGCAGCUGUGGCUGAUCACGCACUUCCACCCGCUGGGCUCGCUGUACGAGCACCUGAGCCGGAGCACGCUGACGAGGCACCAGAUGAUGCUCAUCUGUCUGUCCAUCGUCAACGGCUUGCUGCACCUACACACGGACAUACACGGCACACAGGGUAAGCCGGCGAUAGCGCACCGGGACAUAAAGUCCAAGAACAUCCUCGUGAAGCUGAACGGCGAGUGCUGCAUAGCGGACCUGGGGCUGGCGGUGACGCGCCAGCACGUGGCCAGUAACCUCACGCAAAAUCCACGCCAGGGCACCAAGCGGUACAUGAGCCCCGAGGCGCUGGAUCAGAGCAUGAACGUGCGGUGCUUCGAGGCGUACCGCAAGUGCGACGUGUACGCUCUGGCGCUGGUGCUGUGGGAGGUGACCCGGCGAGUGGCGCCCGCACGCGAGCACCGCGCGCCGUUCAGCGAGCUGGCGCCCGCAGACCCCAGCUUCGACGACAUGCGCAAGAUCGUGUGCACCGACAACGCGCGCCCCGCGCCGCCCGCAGACCCGCACCCGACAAUGGUAGGCAUGGCCACCCUCAUGCGCGAGUGUUGGCAUCAGAACGCAUCGGUGCGUUUACCAGCGCUACGCAUCAAGAAGACACUCUUGAAGCUGGCCGCAAACGACAACGCAAUCAGAUUGAAUGAAGACAAUGAGGUUUAUGUGUGACAUUGUGCGUUUAACAGUGAAUUGAGUGGAAACAGUGAACUGAAUAGUUUUUAUUAAACAAAUUUAAAACGUUAAACAUACAACCUAUAGUACAACAGAAGCAUACAGUAAUCAAAACAAUAAACUCAAGAAUAUUUUUAUUCCACUACAAGUUAGCCCUUGACUGCAAUCUCACCUGGUGAUAAGUGAUGGUGCAGUUUAAGACGGUUAAAUUUUAAGAUAAUAAUUGCUAGACGAAGUAAACACGUUUAAUCUCAAAAUUAUUGU